GCGAGGCGCAGCGGCGGUUCGUCCUCGCUGAAAGCCGGACUCGAAGGGCUGCGCCGCCAUUUUGUUACUAGUGGUGCUGGAACCGCGGACCGCAGUGACUGGCGGAAGCUGCCUGCAGUGGCAAUAACUAAGCGCUUUUGAAGUUUUUUUUGUUUUUCUUCAAUCUGUUUGGGGCCUCUGUGCCCCAGACUUGUUUUAGCAGGCCAUGUCCGGAGAGGGAACUGCUGGCGACCAGGCUGCAGAGUAUGUCCCAGAAAAAGUGAAGAAAGCUGAAAAGAAACUAGAAGAAAAUCCAUAUGACCUUGACGCUUGGAGCAUUCUCAUUCGAGAGGCACAGAAUCAACCUAUAGACAAAGCACGGAAGACCUAUGAACGCCUUGUUGCCCAGUUCCCCAGUUCUGGCAGAUUCUGGAAACUGUACAUUGAAGCAGAGAUUAAAGCAAAAAAUUAUGACAAAGUGGAAAAGUUAUUUCAGCGAUGCCUUAUGAAGGUUUUACACAUUGAUUUAUGGAAAUGUUACCUUUCCUAUGUACGAGAAACCAAGGGGAAGCUGCCUAGUUACAAAGAAAAAAUGGCUCAGGCAUAUGAUUUUGCUCUGGAUAAGAUUGGCAUGGAAAUCAUGUCAUAUCAGAUCUGGGUGGAUUACAUCAAUUUUUUGAAAGGCGUAGAAGCAGUAGGAUCUUAUGCAGAAAACCAGAGGAUCACAGCUGUCCGUAGGGUUUACCAACGUGGUUGCGUGAAUCCAAUGAUAAACAUAGAACAGCUCUGGAGAGAUUAUAACAAAUAUGAAGAGGGCAUCAAUAUUCACUUAGCUAAGAAGAUGAUUGAAGACAGAAGUAGAGAUUACAUGAAUGCGCGACGUGUAGCAAAGGAAUAUGAGACAGUGAUGAAAGGUCUGGACCGCAAUGCUCCUUCUGUCCCCCCACAAAAUACCCCUCAGGAGGCUCAGCAGGUAGACAUGUGGAAGAAGUACAUCCAGUGGGAAAAGAGCAAUCCUCUACGAACAGAAGAUCAAACUCUCAUAACAAAAAGAGUUAUGUUUGCCUAUGAGCAAUGCCUUUUGGUUCUGGGACAUCAUCCAGAUAUCUGGUAUGAAGCUGCACAGUAUCUUGAGCAGUCCAGUAAACUGCUAGCUGAAAAGGGGGACAUGAACAAUGCUAAACUUUUCAGUGAUGAGGCUGCUAAUAUUUAUGAAAGAGCGAUCAGCACUUUACUAAAGAAGAAUAUGCUUCUUUAUUUUGCCUAUGCAGAUUAUGAAGAGAGUCGAAUGAAGUAUGAGAAAGUACACAGCAUAUAUAACCGACUCCUGGCUAUUGAAGACAUUGAUCCUACUCUGGUUUAUAUCCAAUAUAUGAAAUUUGCAAGGCGAGCAGAAGGCAUAAAAUCUGGAAGAAUGAUAUUUAAGAAAGCAAGAGAGGAUACCCGGACUCGCCAUCACGUCUAUGUUACAGCAGCUUUAAUGGAGUAUUAUUGUAGUAAGGAUAAGUCUGUGGCCUUCAAGAUUUUUGAGCUAGGGCUGAAAAAAUAUGGGGACAUUCCAGAAUAUGUACUGGCAUAUAUCGACUACCUUUCUCACCUCAAUGAGGACAAUAAUACAAGAGUUUUGUUUGAACGUGUUUUAACUUCAGGGAGCCUUCCACCUGAGAAAUCUGGGGAAAUCUGGGCUCGGUUUUUAGCUUUUGAAAGUAACAUUGGUGAUCUAGCUAGUAUACUGAAAGUUGAAAAACGAAGGUUUACAGCAUUCAAGGAAGAAUACGAGGGUAAAGAAACAGCUCUGCUGGUAGACAGGUAUAAGUUCAUGGAUUUGUAUCCUUGCUCUGCUAGCGAACUGAAGGCCCUUGGUUAUAAGGAUGUCUCCCGUGCCAAGCUGGCAGCUAUCAUUCCAGACCCUGUGGUUGCACCUUCCAUUGUGCCUGUUCUCAAAGAUGAAGUGGACAGAAAACCUGAAUAUCCAAAACCAGACACUCAGCAAAUGAUUCCAUUUCAGCCAAGACACUUAGCACCUCCAGGUUUACAUCCCGUCCCAGGAGGUGUAUUUCCUGUUCCACCAGCAGCUGUAGUUCUCAUGAAGCUCCUGCCACCUCCUGUUUGUUUUCAGGGGCCCUUUGUCCAAGUGGAUGAGCUCAUGGAGAUCUUUAGAAGAUGCAAACUGCCAGACACUGUUGAUGAAGCUGUACGAAUAAUUACUGGAGGCCUACCUGAAAUAGCUGUGGAAGGCAAUGGACCUGUGGAAAACAACACUAUGCUCAAUAAGGCUGUGAAGAGACCACAUGAAGACUCCGAUGACGACGAGGAGAAAGGAUCUGUAGUUCCCCCCGUACAUGACAUUUACAGAGCACGACAGCAAAAGAGAAUCCGGUGA